AUGUCUGCAAAUCUCAAGCACCAAGCUGCCACUGAAGCGACCCCUUUCGCCUUUAUAUGGCGUCAACUCUUCCAAUCCAUUCCCUCUAUCCCAAACACCGUGGAUCUAUCUGGUCAAGUCGCUCUGAUUACCGGAUCCAACAUUGGCCUUGGCUUUGAAAGCGCCCGCCAAUUACUUGCACUUAAUCUUUCACAUUUAAUUCUUGCCGUUCGAUCUAAACAGCGAGGAGAUGCAGCAGCCAAGAGGCUCCAGGCAGAGUUUUCCUCAGCACAGAUUGGACAAUGCGAGACAUUACCACUAUUAGACAUCGCCAUACUCAAUGCAGGUCUAAGCCAACCGACCUACACAAGGGCAGAGGAAACUGGCCAUGAGAUCACUUUCCAGGUCAACUAUCUCUCCACAGCUCUCCUCGCUCUCAUUCUCAUUCCGAUCCUCAGAGAGAAACGUGGAACCACAUCACCAGCACGACUGAGUCUUGUUGGAUCCGACACAUCAUAUUAUGCAAACUGGAAGGGCAGAGAUUCCGAACCUAUUAGAGAAGCAAUGGAUAAUCCAGCUUCUUUUGACUCAUGGGAGGCCUACAAGACCACCAAGCUUUUGCUACUGAUGUUCACAUGCGAACUCAGUAAGCGCAUACCCUCAAAUGAAGUUAUUAUCAACGUAUCGAAUCCCGGCGCAUGCAGAGGAACACAGUUUGGACAUGCGGAUCGCUCAAUGCUGGAAGAAGCGGUUCUAUAUGUUGCAUCAUUGGUUCUUGGACGGACUGCUACAGUUGGUGCCCGGCAAUUCCCACCGAUCAUGUAUGAGCAAUGUGGAACAGCACUUCAAAAUGCGUUGUGGGAUGAAACGAUGAGAGAGUUGGCUUUUGCAGACUUGAGAGUGUUCUAG